UAGCAGCGACUGCUGGUUUGUUUUUAAUGUGCUCGUCGUUGGUAAACUCGAGAUUAGAGAGUCAAGAGGAGAUCACUCUGCUCACUUAGUAUGCAGAAUCUGCCAGUGCAGGCGCUGGCCCUGCGGCAGCUAGGCAGACUGAACUCCCUCCAGCUGCUCACACCAUCCCAUGCCUCUGGUCUCAGCAUGUGGUGCCCACGAACAUUACACGCUCGUCAGUUGUGGGGUUCAGCCACUCCUCAAACACACCGUACAGCUAUGUGGCCAAGAUCAUGGGACACUCGGCAGAGUUGGUUGCUUCAUCACUCCCGGCUCAAAAGCACGGGAAAAAAAGGGAAACAAAAAAUUAUGCAGCAGCAGGAGGAGGAGGAAGAUGCAGAGACUAGUGAUUAUGAGGAUGAGCUUCCAGAUGACCCAGGCCUGCCAAAAGACUAUAAAGACCAUGAGAAAACUGUCCAGUCUCUACGUUUCGAUUUGGUUUUGAAGACCGGAUUGGACAUUGCACGAAAUGGUGUGGAGGAUGCUUUCUAUAACCUCAAAUUGAGACUGAAUGGUCAGAAACUCACUAAGAAGAGCAAAAUGGUUAAAGUGGGGGAUACACUGGAUCUGAUCCUAAAUGAGGACAAGGAAGUGGACACAGUCUUGCUGAAGAGAGUGAUCUUAAAAAAGGUGGUUGGAGAGACAAAAGACACAGAAAAGCAGAGAGUUAUUCUAAGAAGCUGGAAACACCUCCAACUUCCCAGAAAGCAUGUGUACAAGCAGUAAAGACCAGUUCUGUGAUGUUUUUGGGAGGUGAAAGAUCAGAAAGUGGGACAAAACUGAUAUUUCCUGUUCCACUCUCCAACCAUUUGAUUCUAAAACUGCAGAUUGAGGAUUUAUUGAGUUGUUUCCAAUGCCCAACAAAAACUGAAGGUCCUUGUUACAUUUAUUCACUUACCAGUAGUUCUCAUAACUGUUUCAUAUUACUUGAAGAUUACUAUUAUUAACUUUACAGGUACAAGUGAAACACAAACACAUCUUAUUGUUUAGAGGCGGUUUUGGUUAUAUGCAAUUGCUUAUAUUUAUGUUACCUAGAUUCACAAAAUAACUUUCUCUGAUUGUGAAUCAAAAAUAAUUUAGGAUAUCAGUGUUUUUCUGAUCCCUUGUUUAUGAUACCUUAUUUUUUAUUUUAUUUUUACAAUUUUCUUCAUGACAUUGGUAGAUUUUCAAUGAACAGUUUUCAGGAAGGGUACAGAGUGCCUUUGCACACAGCUGCACUAAGAGAACCAGACAAAAAAAAAGGAAUUUUAAAAGGUUUUAUACAGCAUCUAUGCAAAAGAUUAAUGAGUCAGACCCACACAAAUACAGUUUUUAAACUGUAUUUCAUUCUUUUUUUCUUCAUUAUAAUGGUCAAGGGUGGAAUAUACCAAGACCACAAAUUUAAUCUUGAUAAACACUUCCCUUGGGUUUUUUUUUUCCCUCUGACGACAAAAGGCUCCUAAUGACCCUCACUUGUGUAUCUGAAGUAAAAUAAAAAGGAACAUGAAACCCA